ACAGUACAACUGAAGUCUUCACGAACAUCUAUGUUACCAGUUUUGGGCCAGUUUCAGAUACAGACAUGGAAUAUACAAUAGAUGUUUUCUUUCGCCAAAAGUGGAAAGACGAGAGAUUAAAGUUUAAGGGUCCAAUGAAUAUUCUUCGGCUGAACAACUUAAUGGCCAGCAAAAUUUGGACUCCGGAUACAUUCUUUCACAAUGGAAAGAAGUCAGUAGCCCAUAACAUGACAAUGCCCAACAAGCUGCUACGAAUCCAAGACGAUGGGACACUUUUAUAUACAAUGAGGCUUACUGUCCAGGCUGAAUGUCCAAUGCACUUAGAAGACUUCCCUAUGGACGCCCAUUCAUGCCCAUUGAAAUUUGGCAGCUACGCAUAUACGAUUUCAGAAGUGACUUACAAGUGGACUUACAAUGCAUCUAAUUCAGUGGAGGUAGCUGAAGAUGGUUCAAGAUUGAAUCAGUAUGAUCUUUUAGGUCAAACAGUUGGACAAGAAACAAGUAAAUCAAGUACAGGUGAAUACAAAGUAAUGACAGCACAUUUUCAUUUGAAGAGGAAGAUUGGCUAUUUUGUGAUUCAGACCUAUCUCCCCUGCAUCAUGACUGUCAUCCUAUCCCAGGUGUCAUUUUGGCUGAACAGAGAAUCUGUCCCCGCAAGAACAGUUUUUGGAGUAACAACUGUACUGACUAUGACAACUUUAAGCAUCAGUGCUCGAAAUUCCCUGCCCAAAGUUGCCUAUGCAACAGCCAUGGACUGGUUCAUCGCUGUUUGUUAUGCUUUUGUAUUCUCUGCCUUGAUAGAGUUUGCCACUGUAAAUUACUUCACAAAAAGAGGAUGGGCUUGGGAUGGGAAAAGUGUAAUCAACGAUAAGGCACUACUGAAUUCUAAAAUGUUGCAAAGCUGUUGCAAAGACAAAAAUAAAAAAGAGAAAGCAUCUGUCAUUAAGAAAAACAAUGCCUAUGCAGUGGCAGUGGCCAAUUACGCACCAAAUAUUACCAAGGACUCGGUUCUCCCGACAAUCUCCAAAAGCGCUACCACUUCGGAGCCAAACAAGGCAAAGCCAGAAGCCAAGCCACAGGAAGCAAAGAAAACCUUCAACAGCGUUAGUAAAAUCGACAGGAUGUCAAGAAUAGUCUUUCCAGUUUUAUUCGGUAGUUUCAACUUAGUGUACUGGGCUACAUAUCUCAACAGGGAACCUGUCUUACAUGGAUUUGAACCAGCGCAAUAAGACCUUAAUUUUCUGCCGGGGGUGUAUAGCAUCAUUAUAAUCAGAUUUGUUUUCCUUUGUAUAGCACGACUAAUAACUGCUAAUCAGUGAACCAAUAUGUACAGAAUGUAUAUAGGUACUUUGUCCAUGUAUCUCCCAAACGAGGUACGCAGAGUUUAUUCCUGGGAUCUGUAAACAGAUAGUACCCAUGGCAAAUAUAGUCUGCUCUCCUGUCCAUGUGAGUUCUCCUCCUAAAGUGGGAUUAGGGUAUGCUGAAUUAUAUCCAUACAACCAUAUAUGGUCCUACAUGACUAUUUAAUAACACUAUUUUUUUAAUUUAAAGUUUAAGAUAUUUUUCUAUAAAAUGACUGAUUCUACUUUAAUGCAAAGAAGCUAUCAUUUAAAAGAGAGGGAUUUUUUUAACAAAAUAAUCUUAAUAAUUUCUUAUGGUAGCAGAGCCCAUGUAAAUAUUAUAGAUGCGUGGUAAAAUCAAGUAUUCUCUUAUUCUCAAUCAUUACGAUUGCUAGUUGCAUUUAAAAGCUUUUGGAAUGUCAAGGUUAGCUUUUUCCUUACUUUUGAGUUGAGUUUUGCUGAUCGGUAGUGUGGCUGGUGCUUGUGGGUCCUUCUGCCACAACAAGAAAACAGAUGUCAGCUUUAGUCCAGUGCAGCAGAGCCAACAACUGUUGCUCUACCAAGAGCCUUCUCCUUUGGUCCAUUGUGCAAGUGUCAUACCAAAGUGCUUGCCCAAAACUGGUGGGUGUGGGAAAUGGAGGCAAUCGGGCACCAUCUGAACCAAGGCUUCUAUACUGCAGUGACAAUCAACACUGUCUGUUCAAAAUAGUUGCGCUGUACCAAAGCAAACAGCAUACAAUAGCACCACCCUUGAUUACUGAUCUUGAUCCCCCCCCCAAAUUCCAACUCCCCCCAAUAUUCUUCUACCUAUAUAAAUUGCCUGAUAUGUUUUAGAUUCGGCAACCCUUCGCCAAGGGUAAUAAGUACAAAUUAUUCAAAGUGAAGCUGUGUUGAUUGAUAAUAGUGUCACCAUGUCUCAUUUACUUGGUGUUUUCCAUUGACAGCCGAGUGCAAAAUGUCCUGUGUGACAUCCUAAGGGCUGUUUGUUCAGACAGGUGGAAGCAGACAGUGGUGUUUGUCUGAGAAGUAGGAUGGAGCCCUCUAAGUGGGAGGUCUCAUUUUCAUGGCAAUGGCAUAAAAUCAGAAUUUAUUUCCAAUUACCACUCAGGAUCAGGGGUGUAAAUAGUAAGAGCAAAGUCAGUGUCUUCAAUUAGUUGAUGUGCAGUAAGAAUACCCUCCAGUAGUAUAAAUUUUGGAUUUCUCAAGUGAGCCAUCUCAGAAUUGGCUUAUGCAUGCGUGUACAUCUCUAUACUUGAUUACUGUGCAUUGGAUAACUUGCAGCAGACUGUAUAAAUGGAUUCACUGAAAAGUACUGCUUUUUGAAGUGAUCUGAGGAACUUUCAUUCUGUGCUAUUAUACCUGUGAUGAGUCAUUCAGACAUGCAGAUCAUUCAAAGGACGAACAAGUUCACUAGAUUAAGAAAAUGUCACUUUCAGAUCUGGGGUGAUUUGUAUUAAAUACUAGAUACAGAUGUAUCCAGGUUGUAAUGCCUAGGCAAUUUGAUUCCCAAAAUCCUAAACAGAGAUGCUUGAUUAUAUAGUAAUAGGCUAAUCUCAAAACAAAUGACAGCAUUCAUAAGGCACUUUUCAAUAUUUUCAAUAUUUCUCAUUUUGUGAACCCUUUUAAUAAGGAAGUGUUGGUAUGAACAUUCAGAUAUUAUUCAGAACUCAGUAUAUUGGAAAUAUAAGAAUUCCUUAUUCACAGUUUCCAAUUUACAGUUUCAGAGAAAUCUGCCUUAAAUUGAAAGAAAAGGCUUCCUCUACACUAUUUAUAUGUCCAUAGAGGCCAUUGGAAAUAGCGUUUGUUUGUUUUUUACUUUCAGUUUCAUGAGGGCAUCCUCACGCAUUAAAUAAUUAUUGCUGCUUUUGUAAAUUGCACUUUUACAUUUUGCUGGCAUAAAUUUACAACAACUUUAUAUAUUAGAAAUGAUUUUGCUAAGAGGUGAAGGUUAUUUUUAAAAAACUAAACUUCAGUGCGUCACCGGUACUUAAAAACAAAUGGAAACAAAAAUGGAGCUGCUAUUUGAAAUUUUUUGUAUGACAUUUAAUACUGAUUGAUUAACUGUCUCUUCUGGAACCUUUGCAAAUGUUCCUUAUACCCUCAAAGGCCCUUUAAAUCAUAUCACCAACAUUGUAUACUACAUUUAGCUUUUAAUAAUGUAUUUGGCCAAUCAAAAGUAUUUUGAUUCACAUACAUAUUAGCAGUUAUUAGUUGACCUUUUUAAAAACAACAGAUACACCUUUACAAUGGUGUCUUUAUAGUAGAAACCAAUGUAGUCGUAUAGUGUCAUUUAUUGCAGUUUUGUACAGUACUUGAGUAAAGUGCAUAAACUAAAUAUUGAAGUUUAACAACACUGUAUAAAUAUUUCUAAAACAAAUUUUAAAAUUACUUUAAGAUGUGAAAGCAAAACACCAUGCACAACCAAACAAUAUUUUUUAUUUGCUGUUUUAAUUUUUCUGUAUUUGUUUUAUCCAGUGUGAGUUCUGGUUUUUGCUUUGCAUGAGAAAUAUUGACAGCAAGGUCACAAAUUAUUGGUUAGGAGACAGCUCUUCUGAGGUUAAAUCAAAUAGGAUAUUUCCUACAAUGGGAAAAGGUUGAAAUAAUUUGAACCAUUACCACUCCCCUUGGUAUAGUCCUUUGACCCCUCUCAAAUAAAUUCCACCCAUUGUCAUCAAGGAUAGUUGAAAAAUGAGCACUUUAUUUGAAACAUAAAUAUAGAAAAUCCUUAUUUUCAUACCUAUUUAUAUAUAAAUGUAGAUCUGUGUAAUACAGAAAUGUGUGCAAUAGUGUGAUGAAUCUGUACAAGGAUGGAAGGUGAGCAAUAAAAAGAGAACUUCAUGAUAUAGAUAAA